GAAAUCCCCACGUGGUUUCGACUCCUGUAUAAAAACUUUGGGUGUGCGGAGCCCCUGUUGUCGUGAUUGCAUAGGGAGAAAAGGGUCUUAGUGAGCGGCAUCUAGCAGGACGCACGGAGCUGGCCAUCUACAGCCGCGCGCACCGGACACGGUACCCAAGCGCAUACACAAAAGACGCGGGACUCACCGAGCGGUGUGUUCUCUUUGGGACUGCAGCUGUAGAAGUGGACUUUCUGCGUGUUGUUUGAAUGGGAAAGAGCGGGCUGAACGCCUUUGAACAGCGAAGGGGUUUUCAUUUAGACUCAUCGACGAGGCAGUGCACCCGUGUGUGCUGGUAGAUAACACGUCCGAGCUGGACGUAGUGGGACAGAAGCGCGUCAACAAUCAGAACUCCUGAGUGCGCCUCGCAGGCACAGAGAUGCACUUUUAUGCUGCGGCGUUGCUGGAUCACAGGCUGAAUGCAUAAUGAUCGGAAUCAUUUAGCCUCACAGUUUCAGCAGCACCCUGGUAUGUUUGGGAAUACCAACAUUGCAUUGGCUUCUCUGGAUAUCUUGAGGCGUCUCACUUUUGGAGAUAAAGUGGAUGUUCUCCCGGAACUUGCAAAUUUGUAAAUUAAAAUUAGCUUUAACCCCAGUGUGUAUUUAAUAUAGUCACUCUUCUCUUCCAUAGCGUUGGAGUGUAUUCUUAACUUCAGAAAAAUGAGCAUAUACAGUCUGGCUUUGUCCUGUUUAGUUGCGUGCGUUGUCUCCGUGCGCUGCAGCUCGGUGACCGGGACAGAGACUCAGAGCUCGCCCCAGGAGUCGUGCGCGUCCUGCGGCCUCAGGACGCCGGAUCAGUCGGAGCGGGUGAACAUAGACUUCUUGGAGGCGGUGAAGAGGCACAUACUGAACCGGCUGCAGAUGAGAGACAGACCCAACAUCACCCAUCCCAUCCCGAAGGCUGCGAUGGUGACGGCGCUGAGGAGGCUGCACGCCGGGAAAGUGCGAGAGGACGGCAGGGUGGAGAUCCCCAGCUUUGACGGGCAGGCUGCAUUUAACAACGAAGUUCAGGCGGAGACCUCUGAGAUUAUCAGCUUCGCCGAAUCAGAUGAGCACACAUCCUCCAAGUCUGGUCUGUACUUCUUCAUCUCUAACGAGGGCAACCAGAACCUGUACGUGUCCCAGGCGAACCUGUGGCUCUACUUCCGUGUGCUGCCAGCGGGACCUGAGAAGGGCCUGCGGAGGAAGGUGACGGUCAAGAUCCACUACCAGGAGGCUGGGGCUGCCAGCGGGGCAGAGGGAGGCCCAGGAGGUGGUGGCGGAGGGAGAACAGGCCGCUGGGCCCUGGUGGAGAAGCGGGUGGAUCUGAAACGCAGUGGCUGGCAUACUUUCCCCCUCUCGGAGGCGGUGCGGGCUGUGUUCGGGAAAGGCAGCCGGCGGCAGGACCUGGAGGUCCACUGUGAGAGCUGUGAGACAGCUGGCGUGGCUCCGGUCCUGGUGGACCCAGGUGACCCAUCCCACCGGCCCUUCCUGGUGGUGCGUGCGCGGCAGGUGGACGGAAAGCACCGCAUACGCAAGCGGGGGCUGGAGUGUGACGGCACUAGCGGGGGCCUUUGCUGCCGGCAGCAGUUUUACAUAGACUUCCGCCUUAUUGGCUGGAACGACUGGAUCAUUGCACCAGCUGGUUAUUAUGGUAACUACUGUGAGGGCAGCUGCCCGGCCUACAUGGCAGGUGUGCCGGGCUCGGCUUCAUCCUUCCACACUGCAGUAGUUAACCAGUACCGCAUGAGAGGGAUGAGCCCGGGCUCGGUCAACUCCUGCUGCAUCCCCACCAAGCUCAGUACUAUGUCCAUGCUCUACUUUGACGAUGAAUACAACAUCGUAAAGCGGGAUGUGCCGAACAUGAUCGUGGAGGAGUGUGGCUGUGCUUGAGUCCACACUGACCCUUCAUUAUCUUUGAACUUGGAACAGUCAGAAAGGCCUUUUGUACAAACAGGACGUUAUUGUACGGUACACAUAUACAAUAUAUCUAUACCUACUGUAUGUGCAAGCGACGGCACACUGGUACAAUCUAGUAUCAGUGUUGUAUCAAUGUGCGCAUAUGUGCACGUGUUUGUGCGAGUGUGUGUAUUUAUCAGAGUAACGUGUUGCUGCCCGAGUUUUGACCAUUCGGCAACAACUGGUCAGCGACGGGAUGAGAAGGGAAUGAUUUUCACCAAAUGAUACUUUGCUCUAGUUUGCCAUUUCUAGUCAAAAAAUAAUGGCUCAUCAUCUCCUCUUGAAUGAAGAUAACAAGCGCUUAAGGAAAGUGACAGGAUCAGCCAAUGACACUAUUGGCCUCACCCCCACGCUCCCGACCCCGCUCCUCCAACCCUCUUAAGUACUUUAAGCACAAGACAGACUUUUGUUUUUAUAAAGCACUGACAAUUCAGCAGCUUAUACAAUUCAGAACACCAGCACUUCCCUACUAUGCCGACAGACACAGUCUGACUGUCCUCUCUGGUGGAAUUAGACGGGCAGCGCUUAAUGCCUUGAGGGAUUAUACCCGCAGAAAGGCAAAAGAAAGUCCUCCACAGAGCUGCUGCUUCUGCUGUUGUUGUUGUCAUUCUUGCCGUUGACUAUGGGCCUCAACCUCAACUUCCUGCCUAAGAGUGCUGCAGGCCCUGCUACCAUGACAACCAGGUGAAGAUAGAUCUCAUAAGUGCACUUCACUUGUGCACCGGGAGCGACAGAGAGAGAACUGCUUCCUCCUGCCCCCUAAGGCUCAGUAGAAGUGGGCCUGCGGACGCAGAGACUCUAGUUUUGGCCCAGUGGGCGCCACAGUGCAGUGCAGCACUUGCAGAAACUGAAAUGCACACCCUGAAUAGCACUUGUAUAAAGAAAUGCCUUCCAAGGGGUACUGAGUGUCCUGUCCUAUCGCUAAAUAAGUGCCACAUGAGCUAUGCAAUGUAUAGUAACCUAUACCCAUACUCAACACGCUCUAUUAGACUGAAUUCUCUUUCCAUCUUUAUCUCUCUCCUUUUUCUCUUCAGUCCUCAACUCUUUAUCAAUACUUGAAAUGUAAUCUUUCGCCUCCUUUCCAAAGCGAAUGAUUGUUGUGACGUUUGCACUGAAAAGUUGCGGGAUUAGUGAAACAAAAACUGCCAUUGAAAAGUUAUUUUUAUAGAAGUAAAUUGAAUUUUGUUUCAAAUGUAUUUUACCUAAUUAAUGGAACCAAAGAGGCCAAGAUUUUAGCUAUUGUACUAAGAUGGCAAGGCCAUUGAGUUACUGUGUACAAUACUGUUUUUGAUCAUUUGCAAUAGGCCUACCACUGUAUCAGGGUACGAUAUAUGAUUUCAUUUCUUAGCUCUAUUUUCAUUCUCUGUUUUGUACAAUAAGCAACACUUCAUUUUUCAUCUUUAAUUCUAUUUUUGUUUCAGUUUUCUAUUUAAUAAGAAAGUUAUUUUUAGUUCCUAAGAAUCAUUUAGUCAAAUAAAUGUCAUCUGUACAGUUUAUGUAAAAUAAAAUGUUUUCUUAAAUAUUUUGUAA